GCACAUAAUGCGUUAGACUUGUCGAUUUGAAAAAUGUCCAACAUCCAAAACGAAUCAUUUUUUUCCAACGACAGUUACGAUUCUUGUCUUAACGAAGAAAUCGAAACGUUAAAACUUUACCGUUUCAUAAUCAACGGUCUUUUACUUAACAUUAUUGGAAUUUUGGGCAUUUUGGGCAACAUCAUCUCCAUGAUAAUUCUAUCUCGGCCUCAAAUGCGUUGCAGCAUCAACUACCUCCUCAUUGGGUUGGCCCGCAUCGAUACUGUACUCAUCAUCACAAGUAUAUUACUUUUCGGUUUGCCGGGGAUUUACCCAUACAGCGGCCUACUUUUCACUUACUACUACAUCGUGUAUCCUCAUAUAGCGCCAGUGGUGUUUCCCCUAGCUAUGGUGGUGCAAACUGCAUCGGUUUAUUUGACCUUGACUGUGUCCUUGGAACGAUUUGUGGCCGUGUGUCAUCCCUUAAGGGCGCGAUCGUUGUGCACAUACGGAAGGGCGCGCAUGUACGUCAUUGCAAUCAUCGUUUUCUCGGCAAUGUAUAAUUUACCUAAACUGUGGGAAUCCACCAUCAAAGAAGAGUGGUUUCCGGAAAGGAACGUUACUGUGUAUUGCCCAAGACCAUCGGCGUUACGAGAAAACGAACUCUAUAUAAGAAUUUACAUUCAUUGGUUGUACCUCAUUUUUUUGUACCUCUUGCCCUUUCUUGGGCUAGCAAUACUCAACGCUGCUAUUUACAGACAGGUCCGCAAAGCCAACAAGGAGCGCCAGCGUCUUUCCCGUCUGCAAAAACGCGAGAUUGGCUUAGCCACGAUGUUGUUAUGUGUGGUGGCCGUUUUCUUCGUGUGCAAUCUCCUCCCUUUAGUAUUGAACAUAAUAGACACGUAUCGCCCCUCGUGGGACAUGCCGAUUCUAGUAAACACGAGUAACUUACUAGUAACGAUUAAUUCGAGUGUGAAUUUUAUAAUUUACGUGAUAUUUGGUGAGAAAUUCAAGCGAUUGUUCUUGCUGUUGUUUUGCAAUAAUUCGCUGUUUGGAACGGGACGCGAGUCUCCGGAUGGGGGGGCCACACACGACGACAGUUUCAUGUCGAAUGGAGGAGAUAGACAAAGUUUGAGGUUGCAUAGACAGAAUAUGAGCAGGAAUGGCAUGUCAACUCGCAUGAAUGGCUCCGAAAGGGAUAAGAAAAAAGGAGGACGAUGUAGGGCUUCCAGUCCGGGGCCCUGCGUUUAUUAUCCUGCCAAAAGGGCUAGUAAGGAGAUAACGAUUGCGUAUACGACACAAACAUCACUGUCUGGACCAGACUGACCGAAACAUCAUCAAACGGACUGCACUGAGUAAAAAGCAUACUCAUAAAAAGAAAAAAAAUACAGGGUGUUUCCUUUUUAUUGUUACAAACUUAAACAGGUGAUGGAAUAUUCAAUUUUAGGACAAAAGUUUCCCAUGAACAUGUAUCAAAAAAUGUUACGUA